CGCCUACCAGUUCUGCCAGCUGAGCUAGCCAGUGGCUGGCGCGGGAGACUUGGCUGGUGAGGGGCCGGGGUGCCUCUUGUGGGUGGGUGCAGUGCCGCCCUCCCUGCUUCGGAGGGGCCAGCGGGAGCCCGGCAGAAGGAGAGGGGAGCCGGUCCGUGUCUGACCCUGGGGUAAGACGAUGAGGCAGUAGAGAUGCUUCCGUUCCUGUUUGCCACCCUGGGCUCGGCAGGGGCCACCUGCAAGGCCUCCACCUGUAGCAACGGCACCAAGGAUUACUGCUACAGUGCCCGCAUCCGCAGCACUGUGCUGCAGGGCUUGCCCUUUGGGGGAGUGCCCACUGUCUUGGCCCUCGACUUCAUGUGCUUUCUGGCACUGCUGUUUGUCUUUUCAAUCUUGCGUAAAGUAGCCUGGGACUAUGGACGCCUGGCCCUGGUGACUGACGCUGACAGGCAGCGGCGCUGGCAGACGGAGCGAGAGGAGCGGGAAUACGUGGCCUCUGCUCUGCACUCCGACAACCAUGACCGCUACGAGCGCCUCACCUCCGUCUCCAGUUCUGUGGACUUUGACCAGAGGGACAAUGGCUUCUGCUCCUGGCUGACAGCCAUCUUCAGGAUAAAGGACGAUGAGAUCCGGGAUAAGUGCGGGGCCGACGCAGUCCAUUAUCUCUCCUUCCAGCGGCACAUCAUAGGGCUGCUGGUGGCCGUGGGCGUGCUCUCGGUGGGCAUCGUGCUGCCCGUGAACUUCUCAGGGGAUCUGCUAGAGAACAACGCUUACAGCUUCGGGCGAACGACAAUUGCUAACCUGAAUUCUGGGAAUAACCUGCUGUGGCUGCACACGUCCUUUGCCUUCCUGUACUUGCUGCUGACGGUAUACAGCAUGCGCCGGCACACCUCCAAGAUGCGCUACAAGGAGGAUGACCUGGUGAAGCGAACGCUCUUCAUUAAUGGCAUCUCCAAAUAUGCCGAGUCGGAAAAAAUCAAGAAGCAUUUUGAAGAGGCUUAUUCCAACUGCACUGUGCUGGAGGCCCGCCCCUGCUACAACGUGGCCAGGCUGAUGUUCCUUGAUGCAGAGAGGAAAAAAGCGGAACGUGGGAAACUCUAUUUCACCAACCUGAAGACCAAGGAGAACACCCCGACGAUGAUCAACCCCAAACCCUGCGGCCACCUCUGCUGCUGCGUCAUCAAGGGCUGUGAGAAGGUGGAGGCCAUUGAGUAUUACACCAAGCUGGAGGAGAAGCUCAAGGAUGACUACAAGCGGGAGAAGGAGAAGGUGAACGAGAAGCCUCUGGGGAUGGCCUUCGUCACGUUCCACAAUGAGACCAUUACAGCCAUAAUCCUCAAAGACUUCAACGUGUGCAAGUGCCAGGGCUGUGCGUGCCGCGGGGAGCCCAAGGCCUCCUCCUGCAGCGAGUCCCUCCACAUCUCCAACUGGACCGUCACCUACCCCCCUGACCCACAGAACAUUUACUGGUGAGCAGUGGCUGGGGCACUGGGCAUCCGGGGUUUCAUCUGGUGGAUCCGCUGCCUGGUUAUCAACGUCGUCCUCUUCAUCCUCCUCUUCUUCCUCACCACCCCUGCCAUCAUCAUCACCACCAUGGAUAAGUUCAACGUCACCAAGCCCGUGGAGUAUCUGAAUAACCCCAUCAUCACCCAGUUCUUCCCCACCCUGCUGCUGUGGUGCUUCUCCGCUCUGCUGCCAACCAUCGUGUAUUACUCCGCCUUCUUCGAAGCUCACUGGACCAGAUCUGGAGAGAACAGGACGACCAUGCACAAGUGUUACACCUUCCUCAUCUUCAUGGUCUUGCUGCUGCCUUCGCUGGGCUUGAGCAGUCUGGAUGUGUUUUUCCGCUGGCUGUUUGACAAGAAAUUCCUGGCUGUGGCCGCAGUGCGAUUUGAGUGCGUCUUUCUGCCUGAUAACGGGGCUUUCUUUGUUAACUACGUCAUCGCCUCCGCCUUCAUCGGGAACGCCAUGGACCUGCUGCGCAUUCCCGGCCUGCUCAUGUACAUGAUCCGCCUCUGUCUGGCCCGCUCGGCCGCCGAGCGCAGGAACGUCAAGCGGCACCAAGCCUACGAGUUCCAGUUCGGAGCCGCCUACGCCUGGAUGAUGUGCGUCUUCACCGUGGUCAUGACCUACAGCAUCACCUGCCCCAUCAUCGUCCCCUUUGGGUUGAUGUACAUGCUCCUCAAGCACCUGGUUGACCGGUACAACCUGUACUACGCUUACCUGCCAGCCAAGCUGGACAAGAAGAUCCAUUCAGGGGCUGUGAACCAGGUGGUGGCAGCCCCCAUUCUCUGCCUCUUCUGGCUCCUCUUCUUCUCCACCAUGCGCACCGGGUUCCUGGCCCCCACCUCCAUGUUCACCUUCGUGGUUCUCGUGAUCACUAUUGUGAUCUGCCUGUGUCACGUCUGCUUUGGACACUUCAAAUACCUCAGUGCUCACAACUACAAGAUUGACCACACGGAGGUGGACGCCGUGGACGGGAGGGAGAACGGGCAACCUGUCGCUGUGCCGCCAGUUCCCAAAUCCGCUCAAAAGUACAUCGCCCAGGUGCUUCAGGAUUCCUCUCUGGAGGGCGAGGCCACUGAGUCCGAGGAGCAGGGGUCUCAGGACGAAGAGCUCAUCAACCCGGACGGCAUGAACGACACGGAUUUCCAGUCGUGUGAGGACAGCCUGAUAGAGAACGAGGUCCACCAGUAGCCCCCCCCUCCCCCCCACCAUGGGCAGGAGGGGCAGGAGAGGCCCGGGAGCCGAGGCAGCCGCUGUGAACGGGAGAGAACUGAAUGGAGCCGGAAGUGUGGCAAGGACAACGCCAGCCCGGGCCCCUUCCCACCUGCCCAGGCCGCUGCCCUGAAGCUCAUUCCAAGGGUGGGACAGGACUGUGCAUCAAAUUCUCCAUUCCCUGCUUCCCCGCCCGCUUCCUCUCACUCCCAUCAGGGCGGCCGAGAAGGGACCUGCUCUGACCAGUUACCUUCUCUCACAUGGACCGAGGCCAGGUGAGCCCGGCGAGGGGGAAGGAGGAGGAGGAGGAAGAUGACUUUGACCCUUGCUGCUUCCAUGCUGGGAGGAAGAGGACCCAGAGGCAGCAGAAGCCUGGAUGCUUUGGGGUGGCAAGUGUUGCAGUGGGUGUGCUCGGGCCUCCCGUCUGCCCCCCACACAUGAAAUCUUGAACACUAAUAACUUAUUAGAUUUAAAAGAAAAAAGCUUUAAUCAAGGUAUUGCAACCCCAGCUAGUAGAGGGUGGCUGUGAGCCCGGCAGCGGGCACUGGUCCUAGCCGCGGGAGGAGCAGUGCCCUGGCACUGUGCUGCCCUCUGCCCCGUGCCCGUGUCUCCCCCACGCAUGUGCAUCGGCGUGUGAGGGCCAUGAUCCUGCUUGGGUGACGUACCCGGGCCCACUCCUGCUCCUCCGACAGGCUGCCGGGGGCUGGUGGCAACACCCAGCCAUGUGUGGGGAGUAGACGUGUCCCGGUGAAAACUCUGCUGGUUCCCUGAUGGCGGGAGAGCCCCUCUGGGUGGGGAGGAUCCUGGCAGGGCCCCUUGCAGGGCAAGGGGAGCAUGGGGCUAGCACGGGCGCAUACGGCCUUUUCAUGCCUGUGGUAGCUGGCGCCGUCAGGCCACGAUGGGGCUCACCGUGGAGCAUGUGGCAUUGUUUUAAGUGGCUUUUUUGUACAUUUCCCCCCCUUCCUUUAAAAUAAAAAACUGACACCCAGCUGCUGCCCCCUGUGCUCUCCUGUGUCUGCGCAGCGGGGCCAGCAAGGGCGGGCACUGGGGUAGGCUUUCCCUUACUGCUGUGGAGCGGGGCUGGGCCCUGACCCCAGCCACCAGCCAGUGCUGGGACUGACCCAGAUGCCCUGGCCUGGGUACGGAGCCCUGGCUGACCCCUCCUGUGUGUUUGGUUUCCGCCAGUGUAGGGCUGCAUCUCCUCGUCCCCAUUGCUCAAGCAGCAGCCUCUGCCAUCCGCCUCCCCCAGCUCUAGAAUCCCCCUCCCCGCCCCGGGAGAGCGGGGUGUCUCCUGGGAGCCUAGUCCCAUGGGUGCGUGUGACAUGCUGCUGUGGGAUUCUCAGGAGACACUGCCGCCUGUUGGGCAUAUUCCAAACCUCCCCCACCCCGAGCACCGCACUCGUGCUAGGUUGGAUUUGCAUAGGGAGCUGAGUGCUGGGCAGCUUGGGCACGUGACAGGCCUCCCUGCUGGUAAGCUGUAUUUAUUUUCCCUUGCCUCCCUCCCCCUGCUGCUCUGUUCCUUGGCCACGGCCAGCCACAGCCCCGACUGUGCAGCCUGCAUGGGCACAGCUCCAACGAAUUGUAGCUCAAGCAGCACUUGGACUGCAGGGGUGUGUUGGAGCCAGUCGAAGCAGGCUCCGCAGAGGGCUGUAAUAACUCGCUCUGGUCCUUCGCUAGCAACUUCCAGCCGGGAGCACCAAGCACUUUAUAGACACUAACGAACUAUGCCCCUGUGCUCCCAAGAGGGCAUUCAGAAUCACCACCCCCCUGGUACAGAGGGGGAAACUGAGGCACAGGGCAGGGAAGAGACUUGUCCAAGGUCACACAGGAAGUCCAUGGCAGCUUGGACCAGAGACCAGAUGUCCGUCCUUUACCUGCCCCAGAUGUCCGUCCUUUACCUGCCCCUCUGAUAGGAAGUCCAGAGACAAUAGCAGGCUUUGCUCCUCGAUGGAAGACGACAAAGGAGGAAGGACUCAGACUCCGGCUCCUUCUUAGGAGCAUGUUCUAUGAUAGAGGCUGUGAGGGGUUGGGCCUGGUGAGUUUCUCUGACUUACUUCCCCUCCCCUUAAGAGCUCCCCCUUGAAAUGCACGUUGUUGGGGUCUGAGCGAUUUCUCCCAGAAGAGGCUAGAAACGCAGCCCAGGGCUCUGAGUGUUUGUGCCCAAACAGGAAAGCCAGGCGGCUGGCUGGCAGUGGUUGCUGUGUCCAUGCGGCUGGUGCUAACUGGCACCGUGUCUGUGUCGAGCUGUGUACAAUACCCUGUAUAUAUUUGUGUAAAAAAGAAAAACUGGAACUCA